AUGCUCUUCCCUGCCGUCUCACUCUCAGCGGCCAUCUUUGCCGGCCUGACUGUUGCUCAGUUCAACGGGUUGCCCACCUGUGCUCAAGGCUGCGCCUCGAAGUUCUUCUCGGGCGGCUCCUACGCCGGCUGUGGGACCGACCCCAAGUGCAUCUGCGCGAACCAGGACUUCCUCGGCAACGUCGCCUGCUGCCUGGUUGGCGCCUGCAGCGAGGCCGACCAGCAGUCGGCCAUUACCUUCGCCCAGCAAAUCUGCUCCGCGAACGGUGUCUCAGUCCCCAGCACAGUCAGUUGCUCAACUGCCUCGGGCGCUAGUGCCACUGCCACCGGGUCCUCGGGCAGCUCCACCGGCUCCGCUGCCUCCGCCACGGCCACCGGCACCUCUGCCAGUGCAACCAGCACAGGCAGCACUACUGCGUCCGCGGCUUGGGCGCCAAGGCAGACUGCUGCCCUGGGCAUGGAGCUGUUCGGUGGGCUGGCAGCCGCCGGGUUGGCGCUUCUGUGA